CGUUUCAUAUCUUUCCAGGUCAGUUGAUACAUGAUUUUAACAUACAACAAAUAUUUAUCAGAAAAAUAACCAUAACAACACGUGUUUAUAUCUUGAAAAUGGAAUGUUGACGAUGGUAGCUAAUUUAUGGGUAAACAAAUUAACCCAUCAUCCUUAAUGUAGGGAGACAUAAAUCAUUGUCCUUAGGGAAACUUAGAAAAAAAAAUUACACAAUGCAUAUUGAUUUUUGUUCUUCCGUCGAAACUACACUUUUUGUACCAGAAAGGAAUCUGGAUUUAAUUGGUUAAUCUUGUAUAGACAUCUGUGAGUUUGAGAGAUAACGCAUUAUUUCAUGAGUCGUCCGAGAGGAUGGAUGUAAUUUGUCAACAUUUAUCAUUUUAAAAGUACAUUUCUAAUACAAUUUUAGUAUGACUGGCAUUCAGAAAUAUAAAUACCAAAUUGUCGGCAUUAGUUAUGCAAUUUGUGUGAUAUUUAGAUUAUUAUGGAAGUUUGUUCGACAUCCUAUUCAAUAUGUGCGACUUUUGGCCAAGAAGCCACCAAGUACUCGGCCGGAGUGUUUGUUAGAUGAAAGUUUUGGUACACAUCAAUUUAUUCAACUUAAGGAUGUUAAAUGGCAUUGCGUUAGUAAAGGAAACAAAGAUAAACCACUGAUGUUGUUUCUACAUGGUUUUCCUGACUUCUGGUUUGUGUGGAGACAUCAAAUUAAAGAAUUCAGUCAGAGAUAUAGAACAGUUGCUAUAGACUUAAAGGGAUUUGGAGAUUCUGACAAACCAUCAGAAAUCACUGCUUACUUAACUUCGAAAAUAAGAGAAGACAUUGCCAACCUUGUGCGAGCUUUAAAUUACAAGUCGUGUAUAUUGGUAGCCCAUGACUUUGGAGGAACAGUAGCGUAUCAUGUUGCUACAAAAUUUCCAGAAUUAGUUGAUAAAUUGAUUAUUUUGAAUUCUCCACAUCCUGCAGCGUUUUUAGAAGCAAUUGAAAAAAGUUCGUCACAGAGAGCAAAGUCUUGGUAUAUGGUGCUGUUCCAGGUCCCUUAUCUUCCUGAGAUUCUCAUUCGUGUGUUUGAUUAUGAGUUUCUACGAUGUAUGUGUGGAGGAGGUAGACUGGGCAGUGCUGUAACUGAUGAAGAAAUACAAGCUUACCGUUAUAUGUAUUCAAAACAUGGAUUUUCAAAGCAACUGAACAUGUACAAAGCUGCAUUGAGUUACAGAAAAUUUUGUGAUACGGUAUCAACAGAAAUCGAUAUUCCAUCGCUGAUUAUCUGGGGUAGAGAUGAUUCAUUUCUCGAUACGGAACUAGCAGAAAUGAACAAAACAUAUUUACCAAAAAUGAAAACCAAACUUUUAAAUGAGGUUGGACAUUGGCCACACAUUGAUAAAGCCGACGAAGUGAACACUGCCAUUCAAGAUUUUCUGGAUGAAAAAUAACUAACACUUACAUAUAUAUGUAUAUAUAAUAAUUUUAUUCUGUAUAUCUAGAAUAAUCGUACAUUUGUUAUUGUUUCUAUUGUAAUUUAUUAACCUUUAUAUAGUGUACCAUUUAAAUGUAUAAAAUGAAUAUUAUGAUCAUUUAAAUGUAUAAAAUGAAUAUAAUGAUCAUUUAAAUGUAUAAAAUGAAUAUAAUGAUACUAUAAAUGUUGUUUAAAUUGAGUAUUAAUAUAAUAAACAAGCUGUUGACAGGGAGAUAGGUCUUGUCUUUCUGUAAUUUUCAUAGUGUAUUACAAAUGUUGGGUAAAAUGUAAGGUAGUAAUCAUAGUAAAGUUAUUUAGUAUUUGAAAAAAAAAUCUCUAAACUAUUGCCUUUGUUUUAAAAAUGUCCUUGCAAUAUUUUUUCCCUGUUUUUUUGUUUUUGAUUUACAUUUAAUUAGUAUUACUUAAACAGGAAAAUAAAAUUGAAUGAAAUGA